CGGCUUCCUUUUCCGGUCCGCGGGCUGCGGAAGCUGAAAGGGCUGUGAUUAGCCUGUGGCUCCGGGGGCUGAUUCACCUUCACCUGUGCAGAGCCCCGGGCCGUCCACAGAAGCAGCCAGGCGAGCAAUAAAACAUGAACGGAAGAGUGGAUUAUUUGGUCACUGAGGAAGAGAUCAAUCUUACUAGAGGACCCGCAGGGCUGGGCUUCAACAUCGUCGGUGGGACAGAUCAGCAGUAUGUCUCCAAUGACAGUGGGAUCUACGUCAGCAGCAUCAAAGAGAAUGGGGCUGCGGCCCAGGAUGGGCGGCUCCAGGAGGGUGACAAGAUCCUCUCGGUAAAUGGCCACGACCUGAAGAACCUGCUGCACCAGGAUGCUGUAGACCUCUUCCGUAACGCGGGCUACGCUGUGUCCCUGAGGGUACAGCACAGGUUACAGGUGCAGAAUGGACCUACCGGCCAUCGAGGUGAAGGGGAGCCAAGUGGUCUUCCCAUAGCUAUGGUGCUGCUGCCAGUGUUUGCCCUCACCGUAGUAGCCGCCUGGGCCUUCAUGAGAUACCGGCAACAGCUUUGAAGGGCGUGCUCUCACCCAGCUCCCAGUGAACUUAACGUUUCUCUUGCCUUCCUUCCCUGCCAUCCUCCCAUAUCUUUCCUUCUCUCUAGGUAGCCAAAAUAUGAUUUGAAGUGAAUGAUUCCCACCAUGAACUUUGCUGUUCAAAAUCCCCAAGUCUUCGUAUUCUAAUGAGAGAGUAAAGGUAUUGUUUGAAGGGAAGCUGAAGAAAAGACUUGCUCAGAACAAGUGACCAGGACUGCCAAUAGAAAUUCAGCUACUGCCCAAAGAGGGAAAAGUCCAGUCUUCCUGUCACCAUGGGUGAUACCUUUUUUCUUACCUGGCAUACCUUGAAAGCCAGCUGUAAGACAUGAGAGGAAGAGGGGAUUUUUCUUUUAAUGAUCUUCCUUGAGAAGUGUUUGUGGCCUUUAUUUAAAUAAUUUCUAAUCACAUACGUGGGUGCCUGUUUUGGACACAGGAUAUUGAGAAGAGCUUUUUACUUUUUUAAAGAAGCAAAUACAUAUAUAUAUACAGUACAUAUACAUGUGCAUAUGUGGUAGUAUAAUAAUACUGAUGUCUUGGGGAGAAUUAAAGAGGUAAGAAAGCUACUCUGCGGUUUCUAGGUUUCUGAUCUGAGGGAUGAUUUUAACUGAAGGAUAUAAAGAACUAUUUGUAGACCGUAUAUAGUGGGAACGAGAGAGUGAACUUUAAAAGCUAAUGCCCAGUCAGAGGCAUUAAAAAAACAAGCGGCCAAAUUGAAAAUUGUAGAACAAUAUUUGUUUUCAGAACAGCUGUGGUGAAAUUGAGGUGCAGUGCCAUCAAGCAGCUCUGCUUUAGUAAAUGUUUAAAAAAAAAAAGAAACAACUCUGAGGUUUAAAGAUAAGUCAUACCACUACCUCUGGGCUUCCGUCGUGACUUGUUGGUACCCCACAAUGCAUUAAAGCAUCAGCUGGGAUGACUGUGAUCAGGCUUGAGCAAUGAGGUCUUGUUGGUUAAUAGUAAGACAACUCCAAAGGAACAGGAGAUCGUGCAUCAGUUGUAUUAUCUGAAUGCUCCCAGACUAUCUGUCAGUGUUUCUGGUUUCUAGUAGCAGGCAAAACCUGAAAGAAGGCAUAAAAUCAGCUCUGUUCUGGUUUAAUUAAGGUCUAGACUGCUAGUUUGUUUGUUGUUUUUUUUUUUUUAAAUGGCUUUUAAUAAGUUAAAAAACUAUUUUUCAGGGAAAGGGAAAAAAAUUAAUUUUGUUCGGUGAGUGUUUCCUGGGGAGAGCCUGAGAGCAGAGCAUGGGUGAAUGGAAGCUGCUGAGUGCCAGGGAUAUUGGUGAAGUGGGAACCGUCCUGUCUGCGUGGUAUUUAAGUUAGUUUUAACGCACUGGGGAUAGCUAAGCCGAGGCUAAUUGCUGGCUUUCAUUUCCAUUUCCCAGACAGCUGGCCAGACUGUAGGCUUUAUAUCAUUUUGAAUAAGAUUAUGAGAACUUUUCUUUAGAUAAUCAAUUAUAUCCAAUUUUAGCAAUCACAGUCUAGCAGUCAUUUAGGAAAUGGUGAUUGGAUGUCAGCUUUGGCAAGACUCUUUUACAAAGAAGUAAAAUAUGUAACCCUCAUCAUCCUGAAGGGUUUUUUGACUCAACUAGGAAGAAAACACUUAAAAUAAGAGUAGUCACAUAAGUAGGGCUGUGUAAGUUGGUGUCGAGUUUGUACUGCUGACUCUUAAGGGAGAAAAGUUACAAGAAUUGGGGCAGUUCAGAAAGUUCUCAUGGAGAAGGGGAACAAGCUAAGGACCCUUGAGGAGCUGACAGUCUAGUUAACGCGACUUGAUAAAUAGCUGAAACGUUAAGGGAACUGUAUAUCAUCGGUUAAGUAACCGUUAAGAAAAAGUUACCAUGCAGAGCACGAUGCAGAACAGAGAUGUGCAGAUGACCGUCACUGUGCUUUUUAGAAAUUCAGAAAAGGAAAGCUGUCACAAGGGCAUCAGGCUAGAGUGGAAAGGUAUGGCAUUUAAAAAUACAGGAUCCUUGCCUCUGGGGCAACUACCGAUACAGGGAGAACCUUGCUAUAAACAAUCCUGGCAUAGCUUUUGCCUUUCAACCUGAACGGUUUGGUACUUUUUGAGGCUCCUUCGGAUAACCAGCCUCAUUGUGGGUUCCACAGGGAAACACCCACAGUAUUCCAGCUUUCAUCUCCCUGCUCUGGAGGCCUAACCUCUGUGCCCUCCCUGUAUGCGAUUCCAUGUUCAGCAGCUGCCGUGGGCCUGCCGACCUCCCAGGGUUCCCCUCAAGCCUUUGACAUUAACCCUUGAAAGAACUUGUGACAUACAAAAUGUAGCAAAUGGCAAGUAGAAAAGAAAACAGUUUAGAUUGUUUUUGUGUAUUUGUGUACAAAUACACACCUAGCCCAUCAUUGGUAGUUUUGCUUUCUGUUGCACCUAAAUUUAGGUUUUCUUGGAAGUAAAACAGCUUUAAAAAACCAAACAUUGUAAAAUCUUAUGCAAGAAGGCUAUUCAUUAUAUUGAUUAUAUGGAAAGCCAAAAUUAUUAUGAUAGAUGAGGUAUCAAUCCAUUAUAGCUUAUAAAAAAAAGUUCGUGUUGUAUAUAGACUAACUCUAAUAUUUUUACCACCUAAAUUAGUGUUGAAAGUUUUGAAAAUUAAAUAUAGGUAUUUUCAAGACCCUAUAUUUAAAUCAUUUCUCUAUAUUUGUCUUAUAUAUAAUACAUACUAUUCUAGUAAGAUGUUCCUUGUUUCAAUCAUCAUUAUUUCCUUUUACUGCAAAGUUUUAACUUCUGUGUGAAUAGUUUCAUGUAAUUAAUUGAAACACCUCGCCAUGUAUAAUGGAAAAAGUUUUAUUUGUUAUUGCAUUCUAUGCCAGGGUCUGUACCAAGCUUUAAUUAGUAUAUGCUGUUUGUUCAUGUAUCACAACUCUGAGAUCUAAGCAUUGUUAUAGAGACUAAAGAUUAGAAAGUAAAUUGCUUUCCUAAGAUUUUAUACGUGGUAAUAAUAGAAACAAGAUUUAAACUCAGGACUUUAGGUGCUAGCAUCAAUGAUAUUUCCUCAGUACCAGUGGUUCUCAAAGGAGGUGUCUGGACAAUAGCAUCAGCAUUACCCGGGAACUUGUUAGGAAGCAAAUUCUCCAGCUCCGUCUCAGACAUACUGAGUCAGAAACACUGCACCCAGCAGUGCUGGAACCCAGCAAUCCUUUUCAGAAUUCCUCCUGGUGACUGAUUCAUGCUAACGUUUAAGAUCCACCACUCUGUGUUAGUAGUUCCCCCAUUUCUCAGGUUAGUAUCACAUUAAUUGCUUGUAAAACUCCUUAUGACCAGGCUGCCCCUCAGGCCAAAUGGGAAUCUGUGGGUCUGAGACUCAGGUAGCACUAAAAUAAAUUUCAUCAAGUGAUUCCACUGUACAGCUUUCAUUAAAAAUGUUCUUUGGCAUUUGAACCUAGAUAUUGUUUAAGUUAUUGAAUUACAGACAUUGCUCCAGCCAAGAUCAAGAAUUUCAUUUGAGCAAUAAUAGGGCCUAGCUUUUUGAGCUUCUGCCCCAUGUACAGACAUGGAGUAAGAACUGGAGCAUUUUUUUGCCCCUGAUGUGCUAAGAACAGAGUAUCAACCUCCAAAAGAAUUCAUGAUUGGUGUCUCAGCUUGUACAUCUAUUAAGAACCAAACUUAGGAUAGUGAAGCUACAAGGGAACCAGAAAGGCUCUAGGAUGACUAUUUUAGAGGUGAGAAAAUCAAAGCUCAGAGAGGUGAGCUAACUUGCUUAGUCAGACUUGGACUGUUGCAGAUGUACCUUUUUCUGUUGAGAUGUAUCUUUUCAUCUCUGUUUUGAAUGUUUCCACUAGAUGAAUGCCCACGAAGCUAUACUUUUUAUCCCAGUACAUUUUCAUCUUCUUUCUUGGGCUUUGAAGAAAGACCAGAAUUGAUAAAAGGACAUUGCAAGCAUUGAUUGGAAUGGGAGAUUUCAUGUACCAAUCUGUGAAAGACCUGAUAUUCAGUCAGAUCAGUUCUUUCAGUUCCCAUGGUAUGUUUUGGGUCUUGGGUGUUCUUUUUAUCAUGUAAAUAAGCAAUUUAAAAAUAUAUUUUAGUUUGGGGCCACCCUGGGCUACAUAGUGAGACCCUGUCUGAAAAAACAGCAAAAUUAUAUGGAUAUAAAUUUGAAGAAAUGAGACAAGAAACUAUAGACUGUCAAGAAUAUGGGGAAGUAGAAUCGAUGUAGUUUCUGUAGAGCCAGUAAAGAUUUUAUUCUAGCUGCUUUUAAUAGAAAGUUUUCUUCGGACAGAUGAGAACUUUUUUCCUUCAGCAUGAGUGCCAGCCACGUGCUAGGUUCUGAAUAGAGAAAGAUAAAUAAAAUAUAAUUGCUCUAGGCUGAAGUUGUUCAGCACAUGUAAAUGGAGGAUCUUGAUGCUAAAGUAUAUUUUUAUAACAUCACCUAGAAGCAGACCCUUGAAUUCUGAAGCUCUCUACCUCUCACAGUAAGUUUAGAGUGGGCUCUUUUCCCAGGGUAAGACCUUUUUUCUAUUCCUCUUUUAACCCCAAAUCUUUUUGAGACCAGCAUUCACAUCCAAAAGAUCAGUUAUCUAAAGGAGGACAGUAUUUUAAGGAAUUCAGUUCUGAUUGGAACCAGAUUAACUGCCAUAUUCUCUUAGGUUUAUUUGUACACUACAAAGCAUGUGAUCUACACCUGAUGCACUUGAUAAAAACCUAUAUUAUAACAUGGCAUUGCUGCUUGUAAGAAAUGAACUUAUAGCAAACACUAUAGCCUGUUACAAAAAGCUUUCCUCACUGUUAAUAUUCUGUUUUUCAAGAGGGAGGGUAGGUUUAUUUACACAGACACACACACACACACAAAACACCUUUGUAAAUUUAUUGAGUAAUCCCACGAAAUUGAGAUGAUCCUUCUUCCUAGUUUGCAGAUUUGCAAAUGAAGACACAGAAGUGAAUCUCAUUUUAAUGCUGUAUCUACAAUGCUGAUUUGAAUGAGUUUCGUAUUACUGACAUGUAUUUUACCUUCAGUCUGUGUUAGUUGUUAUAAGAAUAUUUUCUUUGUGAACUUUAUUUUGUUUUGUUUCCUUUCUACCUGAUUCUCAUGUCAGCUUACAUCCCAAGACAUAAAUAGAAGUCCAUUUCUCAGAUCAUAUAGGUGCCCAAUGACAAUGUGGAAAACAUGUGGACAUAAAACUGUAUUAUUUAGGAAAUAUCACUACAGAUUAAGUAUGUUAAUGGGGCUGUCAAAAGCUAUGAUAGGGGCUGGGGAUUUAGCUCAGCGGCACAGUGCCUGCCUGGCAAGCACAAGGUCGUGAGUUUGACUCCCAGUACUGGAAAAAAAAAAGCUAUGAUAACCUGAAAUUUUGCCAUUUGAGCAGAUAGAGUAAGUGAGAUAAUGUAUCUAACUGUGCCUUGUACUGUGGCAUUCAAUAAAAUCUUGUUGAAUUUGUCAUUGAA